AUGAAUCUCAACAAUCCGGGACGUGUUCGGAAAAGGAAAGAGUCAGUGAAAAAAGUGUCAGAGGAGUCAGUUGCUAGUGCGAGUAGUGAUACAUGUAGGGAGAUGGAUAGGGAGAUGAUGGUGUUGCCAAGACAGUCUUGUUUAGAAAUGGAGCAAAAAUUGAAGAUUUUAUCAGAAAGUAGAUUUGUUUGCGUGAAUUACCUUUGAACUCUUCAAGCUGUAAAAAGCACAGUCUUGACUGGACUUAACACCAGUAAAACAGACCCUGGCCAAAGGCUUAGACAACAGCUUAUGUUUCCAAAUAUACUUAGAUAUCUGCCCAGAGAACAUGCCGGUAAAUUCAAAAGGGAGGAUCCUCAACAACCAGUUUUUAAAAAAACUGUCUCUAAGUAGGAUAAAUAAUGUUAUGCACAGGAGUGAAGAAGAACGAAACAAGGAACUUUCAAUGGGAGGUGUGUGCAUGCUUACUGGAACAUAGGCGCAAUAAACUCAGUCAAGAGCAGCAGUGAAUGACCAUAUUUUCUUUACUCCAUAACAAUAGAAAGGAGCCAUAAAUAGACGAAUUUUACGAUGAAUAAUAACACUGUCCCUACUCAUUCAGUUGUGGACCCAAGGGGAGGGUCCAAAACACCCCCAUGCUGGCUUGAGUGGAUAACCAACCACUGUUUGUAUAUAUACAUAUAUAUAUAUGUACUUAACGCUAAACGGAGAAUGCCUGGUGAGUGAAGUCGUGUACCAAGCCACAGUCACAACCGGAGACAAAAGAGAGACAUACAUCGGUCUCACAGCUACCAAGGCAAGAUACAGAAACCACUUGAUGUCAUUUAGACAUGAAAAGAGAAGGAAUGAGACUGAGCUGAGCAAGCACCUGUGGCAGCUAAAAAAGGCAAAUAAGGAAUUCAACAUCACGUGGAAGAUUCUCGCCAAAGCAAAAUCUUACACCAACCUUACAAAACGUUGCAAUCUAUGUACAACAGAGAAGUUCUUUUUCAUCUGUAGGCCUCACAUGGCAACACUGAACAAGCGCAACGAACUUGUCUCUACAUGCAAACAUCGACGCAAGUUCAUCCUAAGGUACAAUCGAACAUGUGAAAGCCAGAGAUUGUAGUGCGAGCUUUCGUGUGACUUAGGUUUCGUAUAAGAGUUGUAGGCGAUUGAGAGCAAGCACACGCUUUUCAUUCUAAAAUUUCUUAAAAAUUUAAAUUUCAAACGUUAUAUGUAACCAUUUUUAUCACGCGAUCACUUUUCUUGAUGUAGACCCUGACGCUUCAGUGUUAUAAUGGAGUUUAACUGAAGAGUGGGUCACCUUUUCGGUAAGAGAACAAUUAACUACAUACUAGAAAAAAAAAUUAUUGCAGUGGGGAAGGACUAGAAGGGAACAUACGAACCAUUCGAGCUAGUCCACCCAAAAACUACAACAUACACUUAAAUAAAGAAAAAGAAAACAGUAAAAUUAUAUCUUAAAUGUAAAAACUAUAAUUGAUAAUAUGUCAUAUCCUAGAUUAAUCUAAUCAGAAAAUAAUUGUUACAUCGAUCACUACAUCCAAGUGGCAUGCGGGUGGUCAGGGUCGAAACUCUUCUUUUUAUGGAAGUCAUUACAUUGUUUUUUAAAUAAUGAUAGGCUUAAAUUCGAGGUCCUGAGUUUAUCAGGCAGGUUGUUCCAUAAAUAAGGUAAUCUAUUGAAAAAAGUGCCUUUGAAUAAUUCGGUUCUGCCUUUAUUAAUCUUAAACUUAUUACUAGAAUAUGACCUUAAUCUUCUGUCUGAGCAAAAUUCAAAAUAUCUUUCAACUGAAUAGUUAUAGUAACCACACUUCAGUUUAUAAAAUGUUGUUAUGUCUUUAACUUCUCUUUGGUACACCAAUGGGAGAAGAUUGAGCUGCUGAAGGCAUUCAUUGUAAGUUAAGUUAGGUAGGAGAAGCCGCGUAGCACGUCGUUGGACACCCCCAAUAAGCUUUAUUAAGGUGACAGACUUUGGACUCCAGAUUUCAGAGGCAUACUCCAAAUGCGAACGCACAAGGGCCACGUAGAGAGAUCUAAAUGUCUGCAGAAACUGAUCGCUCCUGCUGCUGAGUGAACAACGGAUAAAACCUAACAUCUUAUUAGCUUUGUUCACCUGGACGUAGAUGUGCUUAUUAAAUCGAGCAUCACAAGUGAUGAGAACAGUAAGGUCACGCUGAGCCUCCUCUCUCUUAAGUGCCUUUCCCCUCAUAUUGUAAUCAUAAAUUAUUGGAUUGCGCUUCCUCGUUAUCGUGCAAAGCGAGCACUUAUCCAUGUUAAAAGCCAUCUUCCAAACAUCACUCCAGUCAACCAGGUUAUCAAUCAAUCAACUCUGCUCUUUGAAUAUAGUGGUUACCUGGUACAAAAACCUACCAGACAAAAGAUUAUUACGCUCAGCUUAGUCUGCACACAGACGUUUUUUCCUUUUUUCAUGGAUAAUCAUUAUGAAGGCAUGAAAACAACCACUAGUGCUUGAACUAGUGCUCAAUUAAUCCCCCGUGGUUUUAUUUAUACUUGCUUGCUUAAGGGUCUUGGAAAAAAUAAAAGGUCUGUGCAGCAGACUAAGCUUAGUUUCACAGUAAGGUGCACUCUCGCCAAAAUGCCCAACUUCAAUUUAAACAGCAAUAGUGUGUUGAAAAAUGCUUUAUGAUAUAAGAGAGUUUUGGGUUUCAUCUCCAUUUUAAUCAUUCCUUUCAGGUAACAUUUGUUUUGUUUUUCUAAAAUAACUCUUUUUUCAUGUAGGAUGUGACAUAAAGCAAGAACUUACAAUGGUGAAAAACAGAAUAUACUUAACAAUUAUUCCUCUAGUCCGAAUGGGCUCUGAGUCAAUAGCCUAUGGGGCUGAACGCCGAAUUGGCUCUUGACUCAGAGGCUAUAAGGGCGAGAGGAAUAAUUGUUUUGGUAAAAUCCAACUAGUUGGUCAAAAAUAUCGAGAAUAAGAAAGAUUUAGCUACUUAAAGCUAGACUUUAAUCCUUUUUUGCCGCCAAAAAGCCGGUGCUUUUCACUACUAGUGGGCUAUAACAUAUAGCCUAGUAGUAGCUCAACCAAUCAGAACACAGCAUUCAUAAUAGACCACUAGCUGGAUUUUACUAAAAAUGAAAUAUUUGUCAACAAGGGAAUCCAUGUAUAUGAGCCACAGAGUUUUAGACAGUUUUGCAUUACUGCAGGGGCCACAAAGCUUUUUGACACCGUCCUUAGUGCAAUGACAUCUGCAAGGCAUUCAUCAGAACGAAUUAUCCUAAAUAAGAGAAGGGUUGUAUCAUUUAUAUGUNUGCGAACGCACAAGGGCCACGUAGAGAGAUCUAAAUGUCUGCAGAAACUGAUCGCUCCUGCUGCUGAGUGAACAACGGAUAAAACCUAACAUCUUAUUAGCUUUGUUCACCUGGACGUAGAUGUGCUUAUUAAAUCGAGCAUCACAAGUGAUGAGAACAGUAAGGUCACGCUGAGCCUCCUCUCUCUUAAGUGCCUUUCCCCUCAUAUUGUAAUCAUAAAUUAUUGGAUUGCGCUUCCUCGUUAUCGUGCAAAGCGAGCACUUAUCCAUGUUAAAAGCCAUCUUCCAAACAUCACUCCAGUCAACCAGGUUAUCAAUCAAUCAACUCUGCUCUUUGAAUAUAGUGGUUACCUGGUACAAAAACCUACCAGACAAAAGAUUAUUACGCUCAGCUUAGUCUGCACACAGACGUUUUUUCCUUUUUUCAUGGAUAAUCAUUAUGAAGGCAUGAAAACAACCACUAGUGCUUGAACUAGUGCUCAAUUAAUCCCCCGUGGUUUUAUUUAUACUUGCUUGCUUAAGGGUCUUGGAAAAAAUAAAAGGUCUGUGCAGCAGACUAAGCUUAGUUUCACAGUAAGGUGCACUCUCGCCAAAAUGCCCAACUUCAAUUUAAACAGCAAUAGUGUGUUGAAAAAUGCUUUAUGAUAUAAGAGAGUUUUGGGUUUCAUCUCCAUUUUAAUCAUUCCUUUCAGGUAACAUUUGUUUUGUUUUUCUAAAAUAACUCUUUUUUCAUGUAGGAUGUGACAUAAAGCAAGAACUUACAAUGGUGAAAAACAGAAUAUACUUAACAAUUAUUCCUCUAGUCCGAAUGGGCUCUGAGUCAAUAGCCUAUGGGGCUGAACGCCGAAUUGGCUCUUGACUCAGAGGCUAUAAGGGCGAGAGGAAUAAUUGUUUUGGUAAAAUCCAACUAGUUGGUCAAAAAUAUCGAGAAUAAGAAAGAUUUAGCUACUUAAAGCUAGACUUUAAUCCUUUUUUGCCGCCAAAAAGCCGGUGCUUUUCACUACUAGUGGGCUAUAACAUAUAGCCUAGUAGUAGCUCAACCAAUCAGAACACAGCAUUCAUAAUAGACCACUAGCUGGAUUUUACUAAAAAUGAAAUAUUUGUCAACAAGGGAAUCCAUGUAUAUGAGCCACAGAGUUUUAGACAGUUUUGCAUUACUGCAGGGGCCACAAAGCUUUUUGACACCGUCCUUAGUGCAAUGACAUCUGCAAGGCAUUCAUCAGAACGAAUUAUCCUAAAUAAGAGAAGGGUUGUAUCAUUUAUAUGUGCUACUGUCUAAGUCAGGUAUGCAAUCCACUUCAAAUUGAUCAUUCGCUCUAUCUCCGAAGUAGUCGCACAAAUCAAGAGGGUCUGGAAACAGAGCAAAUUAUGGGGCUAUCUUGCGCAAGACGGACAGUUAACACUAUUGUCAACACCAUGGCAGAAAACCACUACCACUCAUUUCAAAAUUUCAUGUUAGAUGCUGUUAAAACCAAGUGA